AUGGCUGUCAAGCGUCGAUCGGAACGAGAUGCAGCUACUGAGGAGUCGAAGCAGGAUUCAUCGAGUGCACCCAGUACCGAAAGCGCGAUCGUUUCGGGUUCGACAAGAGACAGUUCCUCGGGUAAUUAUUCGGGGACUUCGAAUCGCAAAAACAGCAAGACAGCUAAAGCUGCUCAAGACGGAUCACUGGCAGCAUACUUGGAGCAGCAGGUAAUGAGUCACCACGAAGACAACGCGCUACUAGAGCAACAACUGAAGCUAAUGAAGCAAAAAGGUGAGGAGGAAGCGCUUCGCUGGGACCGCGAGUUCGCUUUCAAAAGCAAGAAGCUUGAGUUGGCUGAAAGGAAAUAG